AUGGAUAACGUGGUAUUCUGUAAGUCGCUAGGAAAGAGAAGAAGAAACAUGGUAAAGCCAUCAGGGAAGAGUCAGAGCUUGAGAGAAAACUUGAAACACAACAGAGAAGCUGUUGCUCUACACGUCCUACUAGGUCAAGAUUCUGAUGAUGAUGAUAUUCAUCCCGAGUCGAAGAAAAGGGUUUCAAGAUGGAUCUCCUUAGUGGUGAAAGAACCAACUAUGUUCCUCCCCCAACGCUGCGCUAGCUAUGCGGCUCAAGGGAUUGGGUUUUGUGUCAAACGGUAUCUGUAUCAUGUCAUAUUAGCCAUUCACGAGGGAAUCUUGGGAUAA